AUGACGGCAGACCAAUCAAUGGAAGAUGAACUCGCUCAGCGAAUUAAUUUAAGUGAAGAAAUGAAAAAAUGUACCGAAGCACUUUCGAUCCUCGAUCAGGGCGUUAAAACAUUGAUGAGUGAUAAUGUACGAAUAGCAUCCGAAUUUCAGAGAAAUGAACAUAGUAUUCAAUCAAUGUCCGGCGAUAUUCAGCAGCUAAAACUAUCGAUCGACGAAAAAGAGUCAUUUUUAGCCAAGAUUGCACCAGACCAACAAAUAAUUCAAGAAAACCUAACAAAAAUUAAAGAAUAUAUUCUAACUACCGAGUACACUUCUUAUGAUGGUACGCUCACUUGGAGAAUACCAGAUGUGAGCGAUAAAAUGGCAGAUGCACAGAGUGAACGGCAAACUAGUAUUUAUUCUCCACCAUUCUAUUCCUCAUCGACAGGAUAUAAGAUGCGAGCACGACUCUAUUUGCAUGGAGAUGGGAAUGCGAGAAGAACACACAUGAGUCUAUUUUUUGUAUUGAUGAAAGGAAAGUACGAUGCAGUACUGAAGUUUCCUUUUAAUUAUAAGGUCACUUUUGUCCUUUAUGAUCAAUCCGGUCAAAACCGUCACGUAAUCGAUUCCUUUCGGCCAGAUACAAAAUCAAACUCAUUUCAACGACCACAAUCAGAUAUGAACAUCGCAAGCGGCAUACCUAAGUUCUUCCCCCUACCAAUGAUUCAGCAAGACAACAAUAAUUAUGUAAAAGAUGACACAAUGUUUAUAAAAAUUCUUGUUGAUUUUGCUGAUCUUCCGAAAAUGAUGUUACCUUUUGCGAUCGGUUUAAAUCCGGGUCUUCCACUACAUGUUCAACAACACUUAAUAAGACAAGAACUGGGCAAAAGAACGCAAGCUGGUGCCAGCAUAGUUUCUUUUCCCGCUGCGGCUGCAUCAAAUACUACCAACUGUGCUUAA